CACUUGUUGAUUCCGUACUUGUAUUUAUCGCCUGGUUUCAUUAGCACUUGUAAAUUGCAUAAUUUUUCAAUGAAAAUGGUCAUUGUUAUUCCGUGUUUAAUCUAGACUACAUGUAACCAAACAUUUAUUAUGUUCAAUGAAACAACGUUUUUUUGUUACACAUUUUCAGUGCAAAAGUUUCCGUCCAUACUGAUCAAUAGUUAAUGGAGACACAAUUAAUGACUUACCAGGUAGUUAUGCCUUCAUGAACGAGUUGCGCGAUAUAUGGUGACAGAGAAAAUCAUCAAAUCAGGUAAUAAGUCUUUUCCUGUCACCAAUUGAUUGAAGUGGAAAACAAUGGUCAUUUAGAAAAGGUUCAUUAGAAUAUCGACUCCAGGAUCUAUAUAGGUGCAGUUAAUGUGCAUUCCUGAUGAAUCUUAGAAUACAUGAAGUCAAAUAUUAUGGCUACACUAGAGUUCCCUAUGGAAAACGAUAGGUCUAUUGUUCAUACGAAAGUGAAAGUGGACAAAGAAGAAUUAUUAAUUACUUUAAUUUUCGUGGCCAGUUACUGGAGUGUUUGGUAGAAAUUCUCAUUGUUCUCGUCGAUUAGCAGUUAGCUAAAUAAGAAAACUACAAUUAAAAUAAUUCCAAAUGAAUAUGUAAGGAAUAUAAAGAAACAGUGUAGGAACUGUGAUCUAGAAAAAUUAACAGGUGUAUACGUAUAUGCUAAUACAGAAAACUAAGCUAUAUUGCGUAUAGUUUCCGAAAGCAGAUUACUAUUGUCUGAAAUGUACGGUAAGAAGAUUUGUAACAUCAUCCACUGGCUUAUCUCCUUUACGUAGUACUCUAUGCAAACCAUUGAUAUUCAUUACCCAGUGGUUUAGCAAUUCCUAAUCAACGCUAUAAAGCGAUCAUAUACUUGAAAUCUACUUCCUUCACUUUCAGAGAAGGUAGCGUGGGAGGGCUGCUGUACAUUAUAUAUGCUCGUUAAUAUGUUAAUAUCUUGCCUGUUCCAAAGGCGGCUCUCGUUGAAGAAACCCAUAAUAUACUUUUAGAUCCGUCCUGAAAUGUCACCAGACACGAACAGUCUGAUAUUGUAGUCAUCGCUGUUUAUUUGAUACAGUAUAGUUAUUUUUACCCGAAGUUCAUUGCUUUAUGUAUACAAAGAGGAUUACGAGUAUCACCACAGAAAAGUCAUUGCAAAUCACAAAAUUUCCAUAUAUAAGCAUUUAAUUAAAAAACAAAAUACGAAUCUUAUAACUUAAAGGUGGGUACAAUAAAAUAAAUUAUCGGUAUUAAUCCCACUGUAAAAUCCCGGUUAUUCGAUGUAGGUUGGUCAAAUGAAUGUUGCUUUGGUUUAAAGAAAAUAUGACCAAGUUAACUGAAAUAUAAAAUUAUAGUCUUAAAUGGAUAUAUUUAGUUAAACUGAAGUAUACUGGGUAGGAACUAUUGUCCAAAUGGACUUCGUUCACAAACUUAAGGGUAUUACAGCACAAGACACGUUUCAUGGAGUAUAUUGAUAAUUUCUAAGUGUGAUAAUGGUCAUUCACUUUACCGUUAACUUAAUUCCAUUUUGUGAAUAAAUGGGAUUUAAACCAUACUACUUGCAAGUACGCAAAGUCGUCAACCGAAAAUAUCUCCUAAUUUAGCUGAAUCAAACUUUUUUUUUCAGUUUCAUAAAGAUUAUCUCUCCGAGUUUGUUACACGAUUCAAGAAUCUUACAUGUGAUGCGAUUGACAGAAGAGCAAGGGCGAAAGUCGCUCUCAUGUUACCAAAUCUACCAAAUGGUCAUCUACAAUUAAAAAUAGAGGGAACUGUUGUUCCGUUCGUAGAGUUUGGAAAAAAUGAAAAUAUGGAAAAUACAUUAUCUGCACCUGUAAUCACUUUACCACAAAUUCAAAACAGACACACUCAUUUAGCUAGAGAAUUCCAAAAACGUAUCAAUCUCUGGGAUAAUGUAUGGAAUUCUUUAAAUUAUGUUAGAUGGCUAAUACCGAUUGCAAGUUCAUAUAUAAAUGAAAUAGAAACCUUAUUAUGUUAUUUAGAAGAUACUGAUCCAACAGCACAGGUUCCUAUGCUGGUUUAUAGUACCUGUAAAACUACAGAUAAAACAAAUGAAGAACAGUUUUGUUUGGCUAAUGGCGUAGCUGCUUGCUGUUUUCAAGAGGUACAAAAUCGACUUAAUGCUAAUUCAACUGAUUGUUUACUACUUAUUCGAAUAUACACAAAUUCAAUUCUGAUCACAGAUGUUUUAUUAGAUUUGGCUGAACAAAUCAGUGUGGUUUUACAAACUGAUAUCGGUACAUUAAAAACUACAACUCUAGCCUCCUUCCUGUAUUCACUAUCAUGCUUACAAACAAAACAUAUUUCGAAGUCAAUUAUCAUCAUAAUUGGUGGCAUAGAACACCUUGAAGUAAGCGAGUAUCAGGAUUCUAUGGAAGGCUUACUACCUGUUCUACAAGCAAAACAAUUACCAAGACGUCUGGCUAGCGGAAUAAAGUUGAUAUUAUCUGGCAAUCUGACAACGACCAAGCUAAAGGAGAACAUUGAAGAGUCAGAAAUGGGAAUUAGUGAUGGAAUAUUAUUACCUACAACAAGUUUAAAUUUGGAGGUAUGCUCUAAAGGUUUAUCUGGAGGACUUACAAACUGCAUGCAUAAUUUAACUAAAUUAAAUCAUUGUUUAACUAACGAUAAACUUCUCAGUGUUCAUCAACUGUUUCAAUUAAUUUCCGAAGAAAAUAAUUUACCGAUUUUAGCAUGUGCUACAGGUUUAUGCAUUUUACCAGAUCUACCAUCUGAAUAUAUCAAAGGAAAUGACUUAGUGUGUAAGUUGAUCCACACACAUUUGAAUGAUUUCAUCUCCUAUUUCGGGAAAUAUUUCUGUCACCAUACAGUUGAACACCUUAUUUAUCUACUUAUUACUGUAGGUAACGGAAAACUAAAUAGUCCAGGUGCAACCAUACAUGAAUUACAGGAGAUCUUAAGUUUACCAUAUGAAGUGCCUACAAAUGAAACAUCUCAACAGUAUUUUGAAAACAGUAAUACUCCGGUUUUUGACAAUGGCUGUUUAUUAUUACUGUUACAUUCUUCUGAGAAAAGCUUAACUGCUCGUCUUGGACAUCAAAGUCCAGUUUGUUCUUUAGAUGGAUACUUUGUGUACAAACUUUUUACUAAAAAUCAAGUGGAUCCAAAGACAACGAAUGUGGUCAGCAAUAUGUUGAAGAGUUAUUUUUUGAAUGAAUGGUAUGAAAAAAGUAAAGAUUUGUUUUUCCUAAAACCAUAUAGCAUUUCCUUUCAUUCAGUUCACUACACCGUCCCUCGUGGUUCAAAUAAUCCUAAGGAGGCUUAUGGUUGUGAUUUACGUGUUUUAAAUUACAAUGUUCGUUACCUGCGACACCUAUCAUUCUGUUUACUGAAUUCAAAAGAUUAUUACGAAUUCAGCUAUCGGACAAUAUUCUGUUUUGAUUGGCUUUAUGGGAAAAUUUAUUCAAUCGGUGUUAAACAAGUACUGGAUGAUUUACAAAUUCUCAUUGAUAUGUUGUCUAGUCUAGAUAAUCAGUCUAACUUUACCGAAAAUACUGAAACAGUCAGAUUUGCAUCAAGUGUUGUGCAAAAUAUACUUACACAAUUAAGUAAAAGUUUAUAUAAUAAUCCAGACAGUUUACCAACUGAACUUUUUGGAUAUUUGAUUCGUUUCACUUCAAGAUUCAUUAACUUUGGAAAGCAAAUGUCCGAACCUGGAAGAAUUUCUUUAAUUGAUUUACUUGUAAAACAGUGUGAAAUGGAGAUUGUCAAAAGAAGCCAUCUGUUACCAUUAUACUCUUAUCCACUUACUGCGGGUAACCCCCUCCUAGGACAAAUCACCUGUGCGACACCUUUAUUAAAUUUACGUAAUUUGAACCAAAAUAACGAUGCGUGGAAACUAAACAAUCAAAUAUUGAUCAAAUUGAGAAAUGAUCCAAUUAUUUAUCGAUAUGAUUGUCAGCAGGAACGAGAGAUCCCUUGUUGGAAAUCAAGUUCCGGAUAUUUAUACUUGACACCUAAUGGUAAAUACGCCAUUAUUAUAGAUGAAGAGAAAAGAGACACUCUAAAAAUUCAUCAAAUCGAUAUAGAUAUCGAUGGUUGCGUACCGCUAAUAGGUCAGAUUAAUCCAGGAUUGUGGAUUAAACCAAUAUGGACCAAACACCCUGACAAGCAAACAUUGAGUAUGGAUAUUAUCUUCCUCGAUAUCACUGACGAUUAUGUGGGGUUCAUUGUGCAGACUAAAAAUACACGAAGUUUCUUAAAUCCAAGCGAAUAUGUUGAUUAUCUAGAAGAUGGAGAUGAGAAUUUCCACAAUAACGUCUGUGACCGCAAUAAUGACACAGACAAAAAUACGACUAAGGGAUCAAUCCAUAAGUCUAUGUCUUUGCACCAUCUCUCCGAAAGUUUAUCUGCUGGUACAAUUAAUCACGUGGUUAUCUUCGAGUUGACUACAGGAAAGCCUUUACAUCUAAUAAGUCCAACACCGUGUGCUACACUAGUUAAACUUGUUCAAGUCAGUAGAGUAAACGAGAAUGAAUCACCAUAUGUUAGUAUUGAUGAUAAUAAUGAAAGUAUAAAUAGAAAUUGUGACUUAUUUUUUAUAAAUUCAGCCGACCAUUUACUUGGUUUUCAUCUAAAAUCCGGUGAACAGCAAUUCUCAAUUGAUUUACAAUUUGUACCACAUAAAAUUUUAGUCAGUAAUGACAAUCAAAGAUUAUUCAUCUUGGACAGUAAUCACCCAUGUGUUUUACAACUAUUAAUCAAUAAAUUGGGUCAAAUUAACAAAUCGUUUCGAAUUUCUUAUGAUGAUCUAAUCACAAAAGAUAAUAUUCUCGAUAUAAAGUUAUCGAAAUACCACUCAUUUUUACUGAUCCAUGCCAAAAAGAAUGUUUUAGUCUAUGACUAUGAAAACGAUGCUGUAUUUGUUCAUAUCACACGUCCAACUGGUAUACCAAGAGAAUUCCGCCUACCAAACACAAAAUAUCAAAGUUUAGUUUUUACAGCUGUUGAAUUUGCACUAAACGAUCAAAUUGUCUUAGCUGCAAUAUUUCGUAAUAUUUUAAUAUGGGAUGUACGCCUAGGUGUACAAUUGACUACACUAACAUCAUCCAUCGGGGUAAUCUCACGUUUGCUAGUUGAUCCCUCAGAGAGACAGCUCAUUGGAUACAUAAGCACAUCAAAGAUUUUAAAUUUAUGGAAUUUACCGCUAGCACUCACAAACGCUACAUUAAAACAAAAUUCUGAUACAACGCCUGUUUCGUUUCUAAAUGAAAGUAACAGGAUAGAUUGUCUAACUAAACCAAUUAAUCAACUAAUUUACUCAAAUUCAUCCAACAUACUGUUAGUGACCUGUCAUAAUAGUGAUGAGUUAGGCGUAUUUGACUUACGCAGCGGACAUCUUACUGACGUGUUUACGCAUAAUGGAAUAGUUCAAUCAGUUGUACUUAGUUCAUGUGGUAAGUAUGCUUUAAUUGGUUUGUCUGUAAACAACCAAACUGAGGAAAAUGCAAAUUUAAUCUGGGAUUUAUCCAAAAGACUGAUUGUUGUAGAAUAUGGUAAUCAGGUUGGCUUUCAUAUUGAGCGCAUUAAAAAGAACGGCCAUUUUCUUCAUCUAAUGCCAGAGCUGGCUUUGGAUAAUAAUACACAGGGAUGUUCUUACGUAAUUUUACAGGUGGAAAUUGAUAAAACGAAUAGGGAGGAAAACAAAGCUACCAUCAAACCAGUUACAUCCACCAGACUGUUAUCUAUUAUCCCUGGCUCCAAGCCUUUUGUGACAUCAGAUGAUGAACAUUUAGUCGUCCAAAUGGGAAGUAAUGAUGAAUUGAAGCAAGGUGCUUAUAUAUGCCAAGAACUAGCAUUCUGGAGCUUUUAUUCUUCCGAAAAUGAAAGUACAGAACAAAAUGGCAAAUUAUGGUACACACAUACCAAAGAACUUAAGACUUUACUGACUGAUAAUACAGAAUAUGAUUUACAUAUUUUAAACUGUGCGCCUAUUCAAAAUGAGUCCUCUCUAGUUGUUGUUAUCUUUGCAAAAUUCAAUGAUCGCAUAAAGUCUGAUCUUUCAGUUGAUUGGAUUACAGGCAUGGGGUUACCAAAAGGUAUGCUUUUAGCUGAAAUUGUUAAAACUGAUCAAAGUGAAUUAUCAAAAGAAUGGAUGCUUGUCAUACUGAGAUCGAUUACAGGAUUAAGUGAAUGGUCACCAUUUCAAACUCUUCAUUAUUCUUUCCCGAAGCACGAGCUGUACGAUUCUACUACUGGGCAAUAUUAUAUCCUACCACCAGGAACAAGACAUGUGUCACAUGAGUAUUUUAAGAAGCACAUGCCUCAUUUCACAGUACAAACUAAACAGUAUACAAAUUGUAACCCAAUAAAAUUUCAUGGUUACGUACUGAGCGAUAAUUUAUGCAUUUUCUCUCACCAUUCAACAAUCUAUUUAGUUAGACCAGCGUUAGCCAAAAUUGUUACUUUUAUUGACGUACAACAUACUAUAACAACGAUCAGUAAAAAUCCAUUUAGUGACAGAAGUUUAUUUAUUGGUACCCUUGAUGGCUAUAUUAUUUCAUACUAUAUUACCACUGAUGAUAAUUUAAACAAUGAAACCACUGAUACCCAGUCAGUAUUGAAAGAAGCUCAUUUAAACAUGGAUUCAAAAGUAACUGAAAGCAUUGGUCAACACCUAAACUUCUAUUCUACUCAAGAUAAGAUGAAUGAUGUAAAAUAUUUAGAUCCAAUGAUUCAUUAUCUGCCUUUUAAGCUUAUAAAACCAGAGGACUUUAAACUUUAUCAACACUGUGGACACUUCGGUGAGAGACGAUCACAAACAUGUUUACUUAUUUGAGUAUAACAGCUAAAUGAAAUAUAAACAGUUUAGAUUAA